CCCACCUACCGCGAUAGGAAAUGUCUCAAACGAAGAUGGAUCUCUACCGGAUGGCUUGUUGCAGGGAUCUCGACGUUCGUGCAAACUGCGCUAGAGUUACACAACAGUCAAAGCCGAUCCCUUCAGCCAGUUAAACUUGCUGUUAUGCAGUCCCCGUGAAGUUUCUCUAAAACCACCAAGACCUCCUGAUCAUGACAGCAUCGUGAUGCAUAGAUAUCGCGGCUCCCUGCCUCUUUUUCCAUGAACGAUUUUAAAAGAAGUUCGAUGCCUUGUAGACAUUCGAAUAUAAUAAGAACGUAUUUCGGCCAGGUCUAUCAACUGGUUGGACUGAAGCCAUCACCCCUAGUCAGUAAGAUACGGGACACACUUGGAGUUGAUAUUGGGGAGGCUGGAGUGGGCAGCGCUAGCGUGGCUAAGCGUACGGCCUUUCUCGCGAGCCUUCUACCGAUACCGGUAGUCAUUGUACCUCCGUACGCAGGCUAUGACAGCAGAGAUGCGGUGAGCAUCAAACCACGCAAUAUGAUCCUUCUCCAUGAUAAAUCGCACUAUGAAAUUGAUGGCACCGAAAACUCAAUGUAUCAAUUUCAGAUCAAAGCGACAUCGGUCUCUGCCCGCUCUUCAAGAGUGGGCACGAAUCAUGACUCAUUCGACCUUGACAACGAGAAAUAUCGUUGAGCUUGCAAAUUAUGUGCUCUCCUUCAGAGUUCAACCGACCUAGUAAAACUUUAGCGUCUUCACCCUCCAGAUACUCUGACAAAAAUUAGCUAUAACAUG